CCCCGCAUUAUCACCACACCAUAACCACGAAACUUAUCCUCACGCCAAGAUGGCGACUCCCUCCUUCCAUCCUCCCGACAUAGACGCUCUUCUGCUGCUAGAGUCGCCUCUAGCACGCGCUCCCUAUGAGGAUCUCAGACGCAGGAUGCGCGUCCACCAGCGUAUCACUGAGACGACCUUUGGAGGGUUGGCAGGGGUGACUAAGGAUCUCGAGGGGUGCGGUAGCAAGGAGGAAAUGCUCGGGAAGCUAGAUGGAGUAAUCGAGAGAGUGAAAGCAAUGAGGGAGAGGCUCAACCCCCUCACCGGCCACCUCGAGUCCUCCCUUUCCAUGCUCCAAGAUCGUACGAAGCACCUCGCAGAGAUUCACGAUAUCGUGGGGUCAGCAACAGCUGCAUCUACCAGCACGGACGCUACAGUCGAAGCCGCAUCGGAGCCUGCCGCCGCGUCUGACCUGCAUCCCCGCUACCAAAGCUGGACGGAUACCCGCCUCCAUCGCAUGAUAACAGACUGGCUCCUCCGCCGAGGGUACGUCUCCUCCGCAGCAAGCUUUGUACAGUCGCGCUCCCUCUCCUCCCUCGUGGACAUCCCACUCUUCCGCGAGCUGGCAGAGAUUCGCUCUUCCCUCAUUCCGGCGCCUAGCUCAGGGGUCGCGCCUUCGUGCAGCUUAUCGCUAGCAUGGUGCACGGAGAACAAGGCUGCCUUGAGGCGCUUCAAGUCCACGCUGGAGUUCGAUCUGAGGGUGCAGGAGUUUGUCGAUCUGUGCAAGUCAGCGCCAUCAGGAGGGGCAAGCAGGGCAGCGGCAUUGCCUGCUGCAAUCAGCUAUGCGAGGAAGCACCUUCUCGCCCCUUACAAAGCGGCACUGGCUGCGAGCGCUGAAGGAGCUCCCUCCGACGGCAAGAUGGAGGUGGACCCGGCGAAGGACCAGGACGAGGAGGACCAAGCCAUCAACGCCCGCAUCAUCUCGACUGUCAGCCAAGUGCUCGGCCUCCUCGCCGUCCCUCCCGGCGGGUACGCAUACGAGGACCUCUACUCCCCUCUGCGCUACAGGCAGCUCUAUGACACGCUCCUCGCCGCCGCACUGCGCAUCUACUCGCUCCCGCCGCAGCCAGUGCUACACAUCGCUUUGUCUGCGGGCCUCUCAUCGCUCAAGGUGCCUGCAUGCUACAAUGGGGAGAGGAGUAGCCAGUCUGUACAUCAGGCUGCGGCGGCUACUGAUCCGCCGGAGGCGGAAGGUGCUGGACCGGUCAACGAGGAUCUCCUCGCCGACGUUCAUCGCGAGGUUGAGGCCGAGACGCGCAAGCACGAUGCUGAGCUGCAUGCCUCCUCUUCUGACGAAACAGUGGACGAGACACGCAACAAUGACUGCCCAGUCUGCGCAACGGUUGGUUGUGGCCACAAGAAGAAGAAGGGCGGCAAUGAGCUCGGCUUGGGGGUUCUGGCCAAGGAGGUGCCUUGGAGCCACCACAGUAAUUCGACGAUCGUCUGCCGUAUUACGGGAAAGGUGAUCAGCGAUUCGGGUGAGGAGGCGGACGAGGUUGUUGCUCUUCCUAAUGGGCGCGUAUACAGUCGCCGAGCGCUUGAGGCAGGCUUUGUGGGGAGGUUGUCUGGAGAGGAGGUCAAGGAGGAGGAAGUAGUUGGGGAUGGCAGGUCCCCGUGGGGAAGUAAGAGGGACAGGGCUCAAGUUGUGGCCGAGGGAGGCGAGUUUGUCACCUGCCCGAGGACGAAGAGGCGCUUUCCUAGGAGUGGGGUCAGGAAAGUCUAUAUCACAUGAGGAGGCGGAGCUCUUUUUACGCUCCUCUCUGCGCAUUCAAUCUGUACAUUAUAGGCAAUCCCCACUUGAUCUUUCACCUCGAUG